AGCUCUGUCAGCAAAUAUUCAUUGGAGUUGUCGGAAGGCGGAAGAACAUUUAAAGAAGAGAUUGCAAUCGACAUUACAAAGGGAACAGAGACUUUCCAUGUACCAAAGACAUCACCUAAUGAAUCAGCAGGAGAUAUAAUAUACGAUUUCAAAAGGGUAAUAUUUGGUCGUAUUUGUUGAAUACAAUUCUUUGGGUUGGUAAGGGCGGUGAGAGGAAGAAUUACCGUCGGGAUUUCUUGUUCGAUCCUUACCCUGUUCAUAUAUUUAUGUACUGCGUCUCAUCCUGGAAGUAGUGAACUCAUUCUUUUUAAAAUAAACCUUUCACCGAUAAGUUGUUUAAGGACUUCUUUCCUUUACCUUUUUAUGUGUUUUCUUAUAUUUUUUGUACCAUUAUUAUUAUAGUCAUUUUUUUAUAAGUAUGGCACUUUGUUAAACGUUGCAAGCUUCGCUAAAAGUCUGUAUCAUGCCAUUUCCUCUAGGGAUAUUAAUUACCCCCCAGUUGGCUCAGGUUGUAGAGCGCUGGACUGCCGUGCGCGAAGUGAAGGGUUCAAGCCCCAGACCCGCCCAACACUCAAGAGUCUUAAUAUAAAUGACGAGAAUGGGCUGCCUUUGCUACGACUUCUGCAAAUUUUUAGACGUUCAAGUUUAUUCGAAUAAGGACUGUAAACCGUAAGCCCUGUCUCCUUCAUCUUCUCUAUAAUAGAUAGGAGGGAACGUUAAAGAACCUACGCACCUCUCGCAAAGAGUUAGGAACGUAGCCACCGGUGUUAUGGCCUGUCCUUGUGUCCACAAGGGGCUAACUGCAAAAUUUCAUUAAAAAAAUACUUUGCAAACUGUAUUUUGGCCAAAGUCCCCUCGGGGAAGGUUGUAAAGCGCAUAAGGUCAUAUUCAUUUAGAAAAUGCGCCAUAUAAAUACAUCUUUAUCAUUAUCACCUAUUGUAAUAACUCGAGUUUAUCUCAGUACAAACUUCCAGGCUGUCAAGUGUGUCAGUUCAUUGUAUCUGAGUCCACUUUUUGUCCACUUUGUUUUUCCCUAAAGUACUGACUAAAGCUGAAUUUAUUUUUCAUGCAGCAAGUGACAAUGAUUCAUCUGCCAGCAGAAAAGGCUUGCUAUAUGGCGAGUUCAGUCGAUAAAACUCCCACACCCGCUGUUUUAAAGGAAGCUUUAGAGACGGUAAGAUUGAAUUACUUCCACACCUUAGGUCUUUUGCUGUCAGUCUCGCAAUUUUUUGGCGCGUCUGAUUUCUAAUUCUCAUGACUUUGUCUCAUUGUGUAAUCAGCAAACUCCCAGAACACAAGGUGAAGACUUACCAACCACUUCAACUGAAAUACAGAUGAAGGUUGUGGGACUGCUUGAUGAUCGUUCAGUGCUGAGUACUGGAAUGGUGAAUCUGUGUGCAAAUCUGCCAAUUUACGCGGUCGUAAGGAGUGCUAUGAACCCAAAUGACAAGGAAGCUGAUGUGGAGUCUGAUGAGGGUGUUGAUGAACUCGUUGACGAAGAGGCCAGGGACUUCCCUGAAAUAACCGACCUAUACGACAUUCCUGACGCACGUAAGUCGUAUUGA